AUGUCGCCCAGGACCCUCCUCCUGCUGCUCGCGGGGGCCCUGGCCCUGACCGAGACCCGGGCGGGCUCCCACUCCAUGCUGUAUUACAUGACCUCGGUGUCCCGGCCCGGCCUCGGGGAGCCCCGCUUCGUCGCCGUGGCCCUCGUGGACGACACGCAGCUCGGGCGCUUCGACAGCGACACCGAGAACCCGAGUGCGGAGCCGCUGGUGCCGUGGAUGCAGCAAGUUGAGCAAGAGUACUGGGACUUGCAGACGCUGCUUGCCAACUACCUUGCACAGUCUUACCACCAGUACCAGGUCAUCGCGCUCGGCUACUACAACCUGAGCGAGGCCGACUCUCACACUAUCCAGGGGAUGUACUGCUGCGAGGUCGGGGAGGACGGGCGCCUCUUCCGCGGGUACGCGAAAUAUGGCUAUGAAGGAGUGGACCACAUCUCCCUGAAUGAGGACCUGAAAUCCUGGACCGCGGCAGACUUGGCGGCUCAGACCACUAAGGACCAGUGGGAGAAGUCAGAUAUGACUGAACGCCACAGGGACUUCCUGGAGGGGGAUUGUGUGGAGUGGCUGCACAAACUCCUGGAGUUAGGGAAGGAGACGCUGCAGCGAGCAGACCCACCUACAGCACACGUGACCCACCACCCAGUCUCUGACCAGAAGGCCACCCUGAGGUGCUGGGCCCUGGGCUUCUACCCCAAGGACAUCACACUCACCUGGCAGCGCGAUGGGGAGGACCUGACCCAGGACACAGAGCUGGUAGAGACCAGGCCUGCAGGGGAUGGAACCUUCCAGAAGUGGGCAGCUGUGCUGGUGCCUUCUGGAGAGGAGCAGAGAUACACGUGCCAUGUGGAGCAUGAGGGGCUGUCUGAGCCCCUCACCCUGAGAUGGGAGUCUCCUCAGCCUACCACACCUGUGUGGGCACUCAUCAUUGGCCUGGUCGUCCUGGCAGCUGUGGUCAUUGGCUCUGUGCUUAUAGCUGUGAGGAUAAGCAGGAGGCGGAAUGAGCUCAGGUACGGCAGGAUGAGGACUGGGUCUGAGUCUCUUGUCUCCCGGGAGAAGGUCCCCAACCCCAUUCCUGGGAAGCACCAUGCACACACCUGCACCCCCAGCUGGGCCUCAGGUGCUCACAUUGCUCUGUUGUGA